UCCACCGUGACUCUCUGCGUUGGCUCUCCUCCAUCUCUGCCCACCCGCUCGUCAGCAGCAGCAGGCCGCCCCUGCCUCCUGCUUCCGCUCGCAGCAUUGUAGGGUGGUCUUGAAGACGGAGACUGAGGAGCGAAAAUGGGAGUAGAAAUUGAGACCAUUACUCCGGGCGACGGACGGACAUUUCCGAAGAAGGGGCAGCGCGUCGUGGUGCACUAUGUCGGCACACUGGCAGAUGGGAAAGUGUUUGAUUCCUCGCGGUCCCGUGGGAAGCCGUUUAAAUUUAGGAUCGGUCACCAGGAGGUUAUCCGUGGUUGGGAAGAAGGAGUAGCCCAGAUGAGCGUAGGUCAGCGGGCAAAGCUGAUUUGCUCACCGGACUUUGCCUACGGCAGCAAAGGUCAUCCAGGGAUCAUCCCGGCAAACGCCACUCUCACCUUUGACGUGGAGCUGCUUAGCCUGGAGGCAUGAAACUCGUGCACUCACUAUGUUAAAUUCCACUCAAACUUUCAGGGUUGACUCCUAUCUCGGGAACAUGGAGGAAAUAUGUAAACAGAUGAUUCCUGCUCUUGAUUCCUGCAUAGGACCUAUUCACUAGUUCACUCUCCUUUUACAUUUACAUGAAUUAUUAUGUUGUCACUUGCUUUAAAACGUUUAUCCUUCAUACUGUCCUUUUAGAAUCCAUACAGUAAUAAGUCAUAGGCCAUCCCAUCCCAUGUAUUAUGUCAAAUUCUGCUUUGUAUUUUUAUGAUGAUGUUUAUUUGUUUAUUUUUGCAAAUGUGUCUGCCAUCAGGACCAGGUUUAAGAUACGAGUGUCUGAGAUGCUGAAUCAAUCUCGUUCAUGUGGCUCUGUGGCCUUUUACACUAAAAUUGUGUUGAUUGCGCGUAAUGAAUUGUCUUGAAUUUAAAAAAAAAAAGAAGAAAGAAAAUAAAUUGCUGUUUGACACAAAAUAAUAUUUCUAUGAAUGAACUUUGUGACAAUUGUUUGACAAUGAUUAGAGGAAAAAAGUAAACGAGACACUGUAUCCGAGGCUUUAUGAAUCAAGCACAUUUACAGCCAUUAAGAGAACACGGGACUCUGCAGAUGUUAGGGUUUUUUUUACUUUCUUCUGCACCGGAACAUCCAUUCAUUUGUAAGAGUUAAGUGACUUUAUUGUUUAACAUUAAAACUGGGCAUUAUUUUGUCUUGUUGAUGGCUUGUAAAAUAAACCAAAAGAAGGUCUUGUGGGGAAAAAGUAUUUGGUCCCUGGUUAAAGGUUUGUUUAAUUUGCAUGGCAGGUUUCCCCCCACAGAUCUGUAGGCACAUCCUGGUGGUUUGUGGUUAUCUUUAUUUGAAGGAGUUGUGUGUAAAAAGCUGUGGAUGUUGUAAAGGUCUGUUCCUUACUCGAAACACAUUAAAAGAGUACUUUUAACACAAA